UGUGUAAUAAUAAUGAUAAAAUUCGCGUCGCUUGUUUCCGGCCGUGGCGAGGCGACAAUGGCGGCGGGCGGCAGCGGCGGAGGCCUCGCGGCGGCGGCGGCGUCUUGGAGGCCGCCGCGGAGUUGCGAAAUGUACCGAGCCGAGCUGAGACUCUGCAAGAGCCUGAGCAACCGGUUCCACCAUGUGUACGUGUACGGGGAGACGCCGAACUGCAGUCACUGGGGACGAGACCUGGACCUGUGUCGCGAGUGGGAGACGACCGGCAACGAGCGGGCCAAGGAAGCGUUGCGGGCAAAUGAACGGGACCGAGUUGCCGAGCAGCGCAAACACCCGCCCGUGUGGAAGCUGCGAAGCAGACCUCCCGUGGAUUGGCAUCUCCCGCUGGCCGAUGAGCCUGCCGACAAGUAGACCAGCAGUGGCAGACCACGAUGCUGCCUGGCCGGGGUGACGUGCCAAGUACUUGGGAGGCUGCGCGUCUCCACUGCCGGUCUCCCCGCUGCUGUGCAUUGUACGUCCCUGUACGUUGUCACAAAACUCCGGUUGUACAGCUGUGACAGUGGCACUUAAGUCUACAGAACAAACACUUUCGGCAGUGUUUCCCGUGAUGUCUACCUCUCGCGCAUCAUCAAUGUUGCCGUCCGGUGUUGGGUGGUUUAAACACCCAUUGUCCACUUUUCCAUUUUGGUGUCACCAAAUUUUCACAGUCAGGGAAAUCUAUUGCAGCAUUGCCCAGAGUCUGUUUGCCUAUGAACAUGCAAUCGCCUCCAUAAAAGUUUUAUACGGUGAAAUAUUCUACUGCUGGAUGGGUGGCCUGGAUCACAGGGUGCUUACGUAGCUGAGAGGAGGUCGAAGCCCCGUGCGUGGAUAACUAGCUGGGUACUCGUGCAUCUGUGUGAUUAGUCGGCUGGUUCAGUUGCUUCGUCGGCUGGUUCAUUGGUCUGGUCGGCUGUUGGAGUGAGUGGCUGGGUGACUUGGCUGAUUUGGCGAGUGGCCCGUCCCUCUUUUGAGAGGGUGCUUCUCCACGUGGGUAUGCACGGGUACUGGUGAGUCCACGCUCUCCACGCUCGCGUGAUGGUCCACACUCUCCGCCGCCUGUUGCUGCUGUUGCGUCUUGAGCCAGGCCAGCUCGCUCUCCUAAACACGGCGGGGGCAGAGGCGAGAACCACAGUGGCUCGAGGAGUGGUGUAGCUGUCGACCAUCGAGUGUGCGGACAAUGCAACUGCACAAAAGACCCACGAGGCGAAACAGCAUAGGCGCCGGGCUCGGAAGAGAUGGGGGUGAAAAUGGGCUGGGACACCACAUUUCGUUUCCUGCACCAGGACCGUUGCCAAUCACGCGACGCCACUGCUGGCAUGGCGCACACAAACUGCGGCUGGGAGUUUCUGUAGGUAAAAUGUUUCGAAUGUGAGCACAAUAAAUUAUCAAAACUGGUAUGCUCUCUUGAGUAAUGUUGAAGUUUGUUGCAUUCAGACCUGUUACUGUAUACACAGGGUAGAAUGUAACCUACUUGCUCUACAUGGUACCGAUCUGAGUUUUUAUGAGAGAAGUAAUUUUAUGCUUGAAUGAGCAUUGAACUGAUGCUCAAUGCUCAUUCAAGCCGGUAGACUGUGGCCGUGGAGAGUCACAAACUUCCCUAAUUGGGAAAUGCACAGCAAUUGUCGAUCCCCAACUGGGAAAACUUAAUUGGGACCCUUCUGAAUAAAGAGUGUUGCCACUCAGUGAGGCUUUCCUGGGUAAACAAGCCCAAAUAAAAUAAUAUUUACCAAAGAGGAAGGCGUUUAAGACGUGUAUCCAUCCUCAUCGUAAGCCACCAAGUGACGACUGAAAAGAAAACCACCGAGUUUAUUACAGUCUUGAUUAUUGAUAGGUGCCUGUAAUCUAGAGCUGUGGUCACAAUGAACCGUGGCGACGGUGGAACUGCCAGUGUGAUCCGCGACUUACCUGCUUGGCGCACUGCUCCUUGAGCUGCGUCACCUUGUCCUCCAGCACCGCGUUCUCCUUCUUGAGCUUGCGCACCUUCCGCUGUGCCUGGAUCUUCACUGACAUCACGAUGCCUGUCGCCCCGGCACGUCGCGCGCACACACACACACACGCGCACGCGCGUGUUUUAGGGAAUUUAGGUCCCGCUCGCACCCGCUCGAUUUGGCCAGCGGUUGGCAGGCGUUAGCAGUGUGACGGUGCGAUUCAAGGAAUGUUUUUUUUCUCUCUCAUUGUUCCGUGAGUUUGGUUUUGUACUUAUUUGACAAAUGGAUUUGUUGGGGCGGUGACACUGUGGAAUUUCAUUUGGUCUUUGCUAAAGCAUGCGAGUCGACAGGGCUUUAUAAUACAGACAUGCCAAUUGAAUGCCUCUAAUUAGAAAUAAAUGGAACAGCUGGACCAUUGCCAGCUACCUUGGAGAACAAUCAGCAGGGUGAUAAGUUCAUAAAUUCACAGUGGUCGAACCUAUUCGUCCUGCAGUUCAUGUUUACUCCCAUUUCCCCUCUGCAGAAAUAUGGUAGCAUGGUGGGGGCAUAGAAACCGUUCUGAACAGAGCUGGUACGCGUGUUUGGUGUUCUCUGAGAAGUGCCCGGUUGGUGUAUUAUCGUAUAUCGGCCGAUUUCUACUGCGCGUGCAUGUAAUGUUCGAUUCAAACGACAUGGAUCAGAUACCACGUCUAAGAAAAUAUAUGUAUUUAAAAUACAAUGUGUAUGGAUGGAUGGUGGUGCAGCAGUUAGCAUGUGUUAUGAACCCUUCGUCCUGAGUUCAAUUCCAGGCUGCAGCUAACAUCGGUGGUGGUCCUGAACCCCCGACCCACCUUCACCAUACCAACACGGUGGUAAAAACUAGCCAACUAAUGAAACACCGAUUCCUGAAUUCGAUAUACGCAUAGGGUCAUGCGUGUCAGAAUCAAUUACUUUUGAUUGGCAUGUGUUGUAUGUAAUGGGUUCUGAUGACCCCUGCAGGCCCUGUAGGCACUACACGCUGACCGCUCCACCACAAAUAGGAAUCCAUCCUCAAAUUAUGAACCUCGAAUCGUGACCCCAAAUCAGACAAUUCAUAAAAAUAAUGCUCGCAUUUAGAUUGCACUCAUAGAAUAAUGGAAUGUCUCGGAGCGCAGUUUGUUUAGCCUGGAGGACCCUCAAUUGGCAGCUUGCCUCUGGUGGAGAGGGGGGGGGUUUGAUGGAGGGUGACUUCUAAACACACGUCACUGUUCCAUGUUGCGUGCGCGUGGUGUCUGUGUGAAUGGCGCAGUGGUUGACGCACCAUGCUUGUAUUUUAUAUAUCUCAUCGGUCACACAGCUUUCUCGGUGUGCAUAUUCUCAGCAGUACAGGCAGUCCCCGGGCUACUGAAGGAUUAUAUUUCCGAGAACGGUCCGUAACCCGAAUUUUCCGUAUGUCAGAAACUGAAUAAAUUUCCCCCCAAAUAAAGAUAAAAUCCCAUAGCCGUAAA